AUGGCGGAGCCCGAGGCGGCGUCCGCCGGCCUCGCUGACGCCGUGCUGCUGGCACCACUCACCGAGGACUCCUUCCUGCACAACCUGCAUACAUAUGUGGGUAAUGCCUUGGUGUCGGUGAACCCCUGUCGACCACUGCCACUCUACUCGGCUGAACUUUGCGCGGUGGUGGCGGGCGCGGGCGGCGCGGGGGGCGGCGCGGGCGGCGCGGGGGGCGGGCCGGCCGGCGCCGCGCUGGCGGCCGCGGGCACGCUGCUCGAGGCGUUCGGCAACGCCGCCACGGCGCGCAACCACAACGCGAGUCGCUUCGGCAAGUUAUUAGACAUAGAAUUCGAUUUUAAAGGCGAACCGGUCGGCGGACACCUGACGCAUUACCUUUUGGAAAAGGAGCGAGUGGCGAGCGUGGCGGAGGGCGAGCGCAACUUCCACGUGCUGUAUCAACUGCUCGCCGGCGCCGAUGCGCACCUGCUCAAACGGUUGAAGCUGCAGCGGUCUUGGGAGACGUACCGCGUGCUGGUGGGGCGCGCGGAGGGCGAGGGCGCGCCCGCGUCGCCGCGCCGCGCGCCGCCGCCCGCGCCGCCCGGCCCGCACGACCCGCACGCCGACCGCGACCACUUCGCCUUCACCAAGGCGGCGAUGAACGCGCUGGGCUUUAGCGCGGCCGAGUGCGGCGCCGUGCUGCGCGUGCUCGCCUUCCUGCUGAAGCUGGGCAACGUGCAGUUCGAGCCGCACCACCACAUCGACGGCUCCAUCGGCACGCGCCUGGUGCACGAGUACGAAAUGCGCGAGGCGUGCGCGCUGGUCGGCGUGGACGCGGACGCGCUGGCGCUUGCGCUCGGCGCCGCGCCGCUCGCCGAGCCGCUCGCCGAGCCGCCGCCGCACGGUACGCCCGCCCCACACACUGUGUACUACGUGUUACAUACUGCACACAGCAUAUUAUAUAUUUUUAUUUUUUUAAUGCUUUGUGGAGGACAAUUAAUUAAAUUGACCGACCCGCGAAGGCGCAAAAAAAAAAACCGAAAUUUACUUAAUACUAAUUUAUUGUAAUAAAAGAAUUACAUUUUAAAUUAUAUCUAACUUAUUUAACUACGUCCCUCCGGUUCAAUGUUGGAACCAAGAGUGUCCCUCGUCUUCGGCGGGGCAGAGUCGCGGUCGUGGUGACUGCCGCCAUACUCUCUGGAAUCGCAGGUGUGCGCGAUGUCGCAAUCGUUACUGGGUACAAGUCCUUACUGGGUGGCCUUAUGCAUCUUCUUAUAAUUAAUGCGUGUUGUAUGUACAUAACAAAUUUAUCGUAUUAGAGAUCCUAAACAAAACAAAUAGUAAAAAUCGUAAUUCAAAUUUAAAUACAAAACACACCACAACAUCUGCUGCGAUCUACAACACAACAAACAAUUUAUAUGAUAUUGUUACAAUUUGCAGCGAAGAACAGGUACUUCGUACAACAACACGCGUACGUACGCCGAUAAGACUAAAACAAGAGCCGAUAAGUUAACUACUAAAAAUACUCUCUCUAAAUAUUUUGUUUAUUCUUUAGUAUGUCGCACCCUAUUAUCUCUCACUCUAUACUCUCUCACAUGUAAUAAAUUAGUAGCCGGACCAUUUCUGUUAAUGUUUUUUUCUGUUUGUUUGAUUGUCACAUAAAAACCUCUGGCUAGGCUAUCUGUACUAUU